AUCACCAGUUUAAAAAUAAGAUUUCUGGGGGAAGCUGUUGAAACAAAAACAUACAUAUCUUUAUGUAUAUUUGUAUAAAAGAUGUUAAAAAUCUAAACAUUGUAACGCUCAUUGUGUUGAUAGAAAGAAAAAGUCAGAGUGUUUGGUUUUGUUGUAUGUAACAGGUGGUUUACUUAUGCUAUGCUGGGUUUAUUUUGACAGACCUUCUCCUGUCUGGUGCCCGAAUUAUUUGAUUUAAAACAAGUUAUUUAUUGAUUUACAAGCCACCAUUACAAGGGAUCUCAUGUGAGUGACAGGUUGCCCCGCCCUCAUGCCAGUAAACACAUCAUCAGAGAGGAGAUGUUGCUGCAAGAGGGAGAAGAAGUUAUUUUGAUUCAAGAUUACGAUCACAUGUAUUUAACAAAAUGAUGUGCAUGGAUAAAUAAUUUAUAAUAAAUACUGCGAUAUUCAGUAUUAAAAAAAAAAAAGAUUUGCCAAAUUUUAUUUCAUGGAGACUUUCAGUCCUGCAGUAACAGUGUAGUAUUUAAGAUACAGAUUUAUUGAACUUAUAAGGAUGUUUUCUUGAUUCUCUCUAAGUUAUAGUGUGUUUCUGAGACUGAUUAAACACAAUGUGUGUGGGAACACCCAUGGAAACUAGAAACUUAGCAGCAGUGAGACUCUUCAGGACCAGGAAUAAGGAAGCUGCUUUACAGGCACACCUGUUUUACACACGUCACUCAAACACAAAACCAGGAAACAGGAAUCACCUGAGUUCAGAGAAAGAGAAACUUAAGUGUAGUUGAGCUGUUGUGUGUUUGUGUCUCUGUAUUGCUGCAGUAAAAUGGCAGAAGCCAGAAUUUCAGUGGAUCAGAAUGAGUUCAUGUGUUCAGUGUGUCUGGAUCUCCUGAAGGAUCCAGUGGCCAUUCCCUGUGGACACAGUUACUGUAAGAUCUGUAUUACAGGCUUCUGGGAUCAGGAGGAUCAGAUGAGAGUCUACAGCUGCCCUCAGUGCAGACAGAGCUUCAGUUCAAGACCUGCUUUUGGUAAAAACGCCAUUCUGGCUGAAAUGGUGGAGAAACUGAAGAAGACUAAACUUCCUGCUGACUGUUACGCUGGAGCUGGAGAUGUGCAGUGUGACGUCUGUACUGGAACACAAGACAAAGCCGUCAAGUCCUGUCUGGUGUGUCUGAACUCUUACUGUCAGAAUCACCUUGAACAACAUGAGAGUUUCUUUAAAGGAAAGAGACACAAUCUGACUGAUGCCACCGGACGACUGCAGGAGAUGAUCUGCCCGAAACACGACAAGAUCCUUGAGGUUUUCUGCCGCACUGAUCAGGAGUGUAUAUGUUUGCUGUGUACGAUGGAUGAACAUAAAAACCACGACACUGUAUCAGCUGCAGCACAGAGGACAGAGAAACAGCACCAGCUGAAGGAGACGCAGAGGUGGUUCCAGCAGAGGAUCCAGCAGAGAGAGAAAGAUCUUCAGCAGCUGAGAGAGGCUGUGGAGUCUCAUAAGCGCUCUGCACAGACAGCAGUGGAGGACAGUGAGAGGAUCUUCACUGAGCUCAUCCGCUCCAUUGAGAGAAGCCGCUCUGAGGCCACACGGCGGAUCAGAGAUCAGGAAAAGACUGCAGUGAGUCGAGCUGAAGGACGACUGGAGCGACUGGAGCAGGAGAUCAAUGAUCUGAGGAGGAGAGACGCUGAGCUGGAGCAGCUUUCACACACACAGGAUCACAUCCAUUUCCUGCAGAGUUUCCAGUCUCUCUCAGCUCCUCCUGAAUUUACAGAUGUAAAUGACGAUUCCUCCAGUUCUCUGUUCUCUUUUGAUGGCGUGAGAGAAUCUGCCUGUCAGCUGAGAGACAAACUGGAGGAUUUCUGCAAAGAGGAGCUGAAGAAGAUCUCUGACAGAGUCACUUUCACCAUCAUUGUUCACUGGACCAGGAACGACUUCCUACAAUAUUCCCAUCAGUUCACUCUGGAUCUGAACACAGUGAAUAAAAACCUCCAUCUGUCUGAGAGGAACAGAAUGAUUACAUUCACAAAGCCUCAGUCAUAUCCUGAUCAUCCAGACAGAUUUGAUGGUGUGUAUCCUCAGGUGUUGUGUAGAGAGAGUGUGUGUGGACGCUGUUACUGGGAGAUUGAGAGGAGUGGUGAUGUGUUUGUAUCAGUGUCAUAUAAGAGCAUCAGCAGGAAGGGACGGGGUAAAGAGUGUUUGUUUGGACGUAAUGAUCAGUCCUGGGGUUUGUACUGCUCUCCCUCCAGUUACUCACUCUAUCACAAUAACAUAGAGACUAAACUCCCUGUAAAGCCCAUCAUCAGGAGAAUAGGAGUGUUUGUGGAUCACAGUGCAGGAACUUUGUCCUUCUACAGCGUCUCUGGAGACACAAUGAGCCUCAUGCACACAGUCCAGACCACAUUCACUCAACCGCUCUAUCCUGGGUUUUUUGUUGGUUCUGGAUCAUCAGUGAAACUGUGUUGAUGAAUCAGAAUAGACUGAAGAUGAUGAAGUGUAACAUUUCAAUUGAGGAUGUCAAACACUCUCAUGAGCUUCUUCUGCAUCGAGCAGCACGUUUAUAGAUGAGUGACCCAUGUGAGCUACACGAU